AUGAUGUAUCUGUCUCCCAAAAUUCCCAAGCAUCACAGAGACAUAGUAUGCUCACUAUUUCUAAUGAGACGAAUAAUACAACGUGAAAUGGACAACCCGGUUCAUGCAGAACCCUCAUCCGCCAACAUCCUCAUCGUCACACCAGAUUCGAUCCAGCUCCGCACGCUCAGCGAAACAGCUAGAACAUCUCGUACACUUCUUCGAUGCCAAAGUAGAGGGACAUUAAAUGCUUGCGCUGCGAGCGAUGGCAGCGGGUUGAUCGCCGUGGCCGACAGUCAUCUAGUGAUACUCCAUGAUACCGCGCCAAAUCGGAGUGGGAAAAAGACAUAUCAACUUUCGAGCGCAAAUGAAGUCCCACGCCUUUUAUUGUUCUCCCCCGACCCGCGCGUUCUCUAUUUCAACACAUCGUUGAAUACAUCUAUCCAAGCAUACCAGAUCCCGACAAACACUCUGCUUUCGCCGCAACUCCCCCAUCCGUCCCCGCCUGAUGUUCUCGCCAUUUCGCCGAGUGGUGAGAUCAUGAUAUCUGCUUCGCCAAACCCACCCGUUCUAUUCAUUCAUGACCUGCGCCAGGGAGCAAACAACGUUCCCUUCAAUGUAUAUCCUCCGCAUGCCAGUUCCGCCAUCACCCAAGCUGCUUUCCAGCCAUACGAAUGUUCCCAGAUUAUAUCUUCUUCGGCUACGAUAUUGCGCUACAUAUUAGGGUUUCAAGAUGGUUCUUUGUCGUAUCAUCAGUAUCAUCUCACCACAAAUUCGCUUGAAACAGCCUCGCUACAUCACCCCCAGCCAAAACUACUUGACGCGAUUCCAAAUCUUCACAAAGCCUCAACCGGAGGUGUGAAAGCAGUAGCGUUUCUUCCUCCAAUCAGAUCUGGUCCCCAUGAAUUAGUCUCAUCCGUGCGCAUCGUGACCAUCGGAUUGGAUGGACGAUGCCGUCUUGUGUCCCUUGCGCCCUCGACUUCUCAUCCUUUGCUAUCCUCUGCGAGUGGAUGCGUGCUGAGAACUUAGCACGUAUCGGCUGCCGCAACUU